CGACCGGAUUCAUGGCCCGCAACGGUCAGUGCCGAGCCGCAGCCCGCUUUGAACUGCAGACCACUAUCUCUGUGUUGUCCCGAAACCCUUAAUCGACCUUUCUGAUCUACCACCACCGUCAGCGGCGGCUGCGGAAUCGACAGUGGCAGCCGUGUCGACAGAUGGCCUUGGCGCGGUUCUGUGCGGCCUGGCGUCUCCAUGGGCGACGUCAAGGAUUUCAGUUUCCCUCAGAAUAUUCUCUCUCUUCCGGUUAUACCCGUAAAGCUGAUGCGUUGCGCUCUCAAUUAUCUCGCAACUUAAUCACUUCCCCUGCCCCUUUGAGUUACCUCAGUUCAGGAGCAGAAGUGUUUGUUCUUCGAAGAAGCUUCCAAAGUUGUUCUUAUAAUGCUAGUAGCGUCGUUCCUCCGCAUGCAGUCAAAAAUGCAGGCUGCUUGACUCAGCCGUGUUCUUAUAAGUCUACGGAGAUAUCAUCCAGCAUUAGCGGAGUUAGAUACAUGUCCAUUGUGAAAGCCCCCGGUGGAGCAAGACAGGUUUCUUUGAAGUUGACUCUGCUGAGCCCUGGAUUUGUUUAUGAACCAUAUGUGCCACGAGAUCCAAUUCCUUUUUGGAGAAGGUGGUUCACGCCAUCUGGCUGGAGAAGAACUAAGGAGGAUCUAAUUAUGGAGUUGAAGAGUGCUUAUGCCAUUACUAGGUUAAAAAAAGUAGCUGGAUAUUCAAGGAAGCUUUUCUAUCAACAUGCUUUGAGAUUGUACAAGGAGAUUAACACUUCAUUGGCAAAUGGAGACACUUCAUCUUUAAGAAAACUUGUUACAGAAAAGAUGUAUUCUACCUUGAAGAAUGAAAUCAAGCGGAGGGAUGCAAUGUGGAAUUCAGUUUACUGGGAAUUAGUUGAACCUGUGACUAGAAUUCGGACAUUGCGUGCUCGAAUGAUUGGUUUGGAUAAAGAUGAUCUUGAUAAGGCUUUUGUACAAAUGACACUUGAAAUCACAGCAAAGCAGGCUCUCACUUGUUGCUUAGGCGUUAUGUAAUGGACCGACUUUCUGGUGUUUGAAACUGCCUCUUAAAACUUUGCACAUAAUUACAGACACUUGCUGUUAUUCGAUCUGUUUGGCUAUCGCUACGAUCUACCCCUACAAUGUCAUAUUGUGAAGUACACUAUUGUAACAAGGAAGGAGAUCAUAGGACACUUUUUAUGUGUUUUGGGGUGGGGUGUGGAGUUUAGGGUAACAUAGGAACAAGAGAUGAAACUCAAUGCUAAUGGGAUAGGUGAAGAUGUAGCAUAGGAAACAAACUUAAGCUCAGAAAGAUUUAAAUUUCACAAAAAGAAGAAUAUUUAUUACAUGAAAUCAUAUCUCUCUUAGAGUUAUACAUCAAUAAAUACUUGGUGCCCUAAAAAUUUUCCUAACUCAAGCCUGCCAUGACUGGUCCCAAGCUCGGAUAAGAAAGGGUAAGAGUUUUGUUAAGUUGUCGAUCAAUGUUGAAUUCAGGUAAAGGCAAAUGUCUAAUAAAUGGAUCCAUCAAACUAUUGUGUUAAUCCUAGGUUGCUCCCUGGAAGGAAUGCGUUGUAGGGUCCGAUUAUAGUGUCUUGGUAAAAACCACUACAUCUCCAUGAGAACUCGAGUAUAGUGUUAACUAUGCAAGGGUUUGUGUUGCAUGACCCGACUGUAACGUAUCGUUAAGGACCGCUACAUCUCAAGAACUUGAACGUAGUGUUAAAUAUGUAAGAUUGGAUAAAAAUAAAUAUUAUAGGAAAACUAAUGAUCUUAGAUUUGGAAUAUGAAACAGAGGAACACUCACUAGUAAAACAAUGAAGGUAGUAGAUACGAAUGCUUAGGAGAAGAAUUAUAAUUUUGUGUAUACAAGAGAUAAAAUGAGUAGGAGAGAAGACAGAAGAUAUAAAACUUGAGUUUAAGUUAUGAUACAUAAGGAGUAAAAUGAGAAAUGAAGUAGGUAUUGUUGUAUAUAGUUCAUUAAAGGAUGAAGUUAUAAGAGUAGUUAGAAAGGAGGAUAAAAUUAUAGAGCGAAAUAAACUAUUAACGUAAUUAGCAUAUAUACACCUCAAGUAUGAUUAGAUGAAGACAUCAAAUCUAGGUUUUGGGAUGACCUAGAUGAGGUAUUACAAAACAUUCCGUUAAACGAAAUGAUUUUAAUAGGAGGAGAUCUAAAUGAGCACGUCGGAAUGAAAAAUGAGAAAUAUGAUAGGGUGCAUGGGGGUUAUGAGUUUGGAAUAAGAAAUAAAUAAGGGAAAACUAUAUUAGAUUUUCCGAUAGCAUAUGACCUUAUAUUAGUUAAUGCAUUUUUUAAUAAAAGAGAAGAACCCUUGAUUCAUGUUCAAAAGUCGGAAUAAUUAACCCUAAAUUGACUUUUUUAUGAUUAAGAAAAAGGAUAAAAAGAUUUGCAAAGGUUCAGUGUUGUAAAUGGCAGUAGGUGGUGACGGUCAUUGACCGCCUACCUCCUCUGCUGCCUAGGCGGUUGAAUUUUUUUAAACUAUUUUUAUAUAUAAUAUUAUAAAUAAUUAUUAUUCGUUGUAAUAUUUAUUUUUAAUGAAGGGGAGCCUUGGCGC